AUGGCUUGGAACCAAUCUAGAGCUCGGGGGACCCCUCAAUUAGAUAAAAUCCCAGCACCGAAAGACUUGAGCUUUCCGGGCCUCCAGGCCACCAGCCCAUCUGUCACGACGCCGCGGAUCGAAUAUGAGGAACUCCAACAGAAUGAAGUCCUUGCUCUUGAGGCCAUUUACGGCGAAGAUUUCAAGAACCAUACCAAAGACCAUCAGGGCGCCUGGAAGAAAUCUGAACCAACUUUCGACAUCCACAUUAAAGCAUGGAGCGAUGAUGACUUUUCGGUGACUAUUGGGUUUGUGAUGACUGCUACAUAUCCAAAGUCACCCCCUAUUUUGACUAUUAAACAUCAUGACUUCCUCCGAGAGGUUACCCAGUUCAAGAUCCAGAAGUUCAUUGAGACUCAGCCCAAAAUCUUUGCCAAAGAUGAACAGGAAAUGAUUGACAAGAUUGUGGAAGGAAUCCGAGAUAUUCUGGAAGACGCAGCUCAGGCCAAGGCGAACGGUAAAAACCUGCCAUCCCUUGAGGAGGAGCGGGAGCGUCAUGAAAGCAACCUGGCAAAGCUAGCCAAGGAGCAGAAGGAGCAGGAGGAAAGAAAGAAGGAGCAGGAAAGCAAGGAGGAAGAAAGAGUGAUGGCCGCCAUGCUCCAGAAUGAAAUCGAUCGCCAACGGCAGAGCGCAAAGGAAUCCAAAACCGGCCGAGGCAUCAACGGGGCCACCCCUUCCCAGCCCUCCGAGAAUAAGGAUGCGGAUAUCGAAAAACUCGAUUUUGACCAGUUCUGUAGUACAACCGAUAGGUCUGGGAACCCGAUAUCCUUCCGGUCGGUGACAGGGAAAUGCGACCCUCUACAAGGACAAGUUUCCGUCGUCUAUGUCGUCCGCCCUGUGCUUUCGAACGGGCAGGGGAGCUAUACCAUGGCGCUCAAAGAAGCGGUGCUGAGGGCCAGCAACAAAGAAUCGAAGGAUCUUAAGAAGCAUAUCCAAGGUCUAGAAUCAAGGUUGCAAGAUCUCAAGCACAGCAAGGCCCUCCAGCAUCGACAUCUCGUCCAGGUCCUCGAUUUCAAGGUUGAGAAUAGCUCGUCGCACUCCGCGACUUCCAGUAAUUGGAAGGUGAGUAUCCUCACACCGCUCGCUGACAAAGGGUCACUGGGUGAGUUUUUGGAGCUUGCCGGUCGUUUGGACAUCGGAAAGGUUCGAUCUUGGACCCGCGACCUUCUUGACGCCCUGAAUUAUCUCCACAACAAGAAUAUAGCCCACCAAGAUAUUCAUCCGGGGAAUAUUCUCUUAUUCCGGGAAUCAACAGGUGAAGUGGUCCCGAAGAUUUCCGACAUUUCUUUCCAGCGCGAACUGCACAAUCUGAGUGCUCAGAAACGCGGACUCCCAGGACUCGGUUCAGCUAAAUCAGCCUACUGGCUUCCGCCGGAAAUCGCAGGUGCCUCAAAACCUCAGUAUACAUACAAAACUGAUAUAUGGGACUUUGGAAUCGUGUUUAUGCAGAUGAUAUUUGGCUUAGAUGUCCUACGGACAUAUUCUUCCCCCCGAAAUUUGAUAGAAUCCCUGGCUCUCUCUCAUUCUCUUCUUGAGCUUGUCAGUAGAUUCUUCAAGGAGGACAAAAAUAAGCGCCCUCGUGCGUUUGAGCUUGGAUCUAGCGAGUUCCUUGCGACAGAUGCUCCAGUUUUCGUUGAGGAAACUUCUGCUGUUGUAUCCAGUGCGCCACUGCUGAGUUCAUCAGUCCAGGGGAUGCCAGCAAAGUUCAGGCGCGACUCUGUGACUAGAAGCACUGUUGCAUCUCGGUACACUGAGGAUUUUGUCGAAGAAGGUCGCCUGGGUAAGGGUGGUUUUGGCGAAGUUGUCAAGGCAAGAAAGAAAUUGGAUGGUCAAAUCUAUGCCAUUAAGAAGAUCAGUCAGCGCUCUCAUGCUAGUCUGACCGAGAUUCUUAAAGAAGUCCGGCUGCUGUCGCAACUUAGCCACCCAGCAGUUGUCAGAUACUAUAAUACCUGGGUUGAAGAGGUCCCUGACACUGGAAGUGUCGAAGGCGACACAUCGACCGAGGGGUACACAGAUGAGACCCGGGAAACUGGGUCGGAUGGUGUCGACAUACAAUUCCAUACGGAUACGGGGGGUCUAGACUUCAUGUCUUCAAAUGCUGGCAUUGAGUUUGGUUACGACGAUGAUUCAGAAGAAGGCGACGACGACGAGACCGAAGACGAGGAGUCAAGCGAUGAAGAUGAUGAAGCAAUAGAUGAUGAGUCCGGGUCUUCGAUGAAAAUCAGACCAAUUGGUAUCAACAAUCGACGAGAUCGUUUUCACAGGCCUUUCAGAACGAUAAUGUACAUUUCGAUGGAAUACUGCGAGAAGCGAACCCUUCGUGAUCUCAUAAGCCGUGGCUUAUACAAAAACACGCCUGAAAUAUGGCGCCUGUUUCGGCAAAUUCUUGAGGGUCUUGCGCACAUCCACAGCCUCAGUAUUGUACACCGAGAUUUAAAGCCAGAGAACAUCUUCAUCGGAAGUGGUGCCGAUGGAGUAGACAAUGUCAAGAUUGGUGACUUCGGACUUGCGACAAGUGGACAGUUCUCAGUUGACAAGGCUGCGGCAAAUACCUUUGAUACGGAUGAUUUGACUAAAAGCAUCGGCACCGCUUCUUACUCGGCUCCCGAAGUGAGGUCAGCCGCGAAUGGCAUGUAUAGUACCAAAGUUGAUAUGUACUCGCUGGGAAUUAUAUUUUUCGAAAUGUGCUACAUACCCAUGAUGCAUAUGCAAAAGGCAGAUGUUAUCGGCCAACUCCGACGGCAGCAGCCAGUGCUUCCAUCUGAUUUCAAGCCAGCCGACAAGGUACAGUCGGAAAUAGUGCUCUCUCUUGUCAGCCAUAACCCCAAGGAGCGGCCCUCGAGCGCGGAACUUCUAAAGAGCGGCAAACUCCCUGUGCAGAUGGAGAGCGAGACAAUCAGACGCACUCUGGCUGGCCUGUCUGAUCCAAACUCUCCUUACUACCAGAAAAUGCUGUCGACCCUAUUUUCCCGGCCGGUUGAAACGACACGAGAUUAUGCUUGGGACAUGUUUGCAACUUCUCCCAAUGCAACAGAUUUGUUGCACCAGAGUACAGUGAAGCAGUCUUUGAUCUCAAUCUUUCGACGGCAUGGUGCCUUGGAAUCGGCCAGGACGUCGAUUUAUCCUAAAUCCACACUCUAUGGCGACAACGUAUUCCGCGUCCUUGACUCAAACGGAACUGUUUUGCAGCUUCCGUACGACUUGACAAUGGGGCACGCGCGAAUGCUGGCAAAGUCGUCUCAUAACCCCACAGUGCAGCGCACAUUCACUUUCGGGAGUGUAUUCCGAGACAAACAGGAUACUGGCCACCCACAGAUGUUUGGUGAAGUUGAUUUUGACAUCGUUACAAUCGACGCACUGGACCUUGCGCUUAAAGAGGCAGAGAUCUUGAAAGUUAUUGACGAGAUCAUUGUCAAUUUCCCAUCGCUUUCAUCCUUGCAAAUGUGUUUCCACCUUGGACAUUCAGAUCUGUUGCAGCUGAUUUUCGAACAUUGUGGGAUAGAGCCCGCAUUACGAAGAGGAGCAGCUGAUGUUUUGAGUAAACUGAACAUCCAUGGCCAUACUUGGCAGAAGAUUAGAAUUGAACUGCGAAGUCCAGUUGUGGGUAUAUCAGCCACGAGCGUUGAUGAGCUCCAAAAGUUUGAUUUCCGAGACUCUCCAAACAAAGCCUUUUCUAAACUCAAGAAUCUGUUUGAGGGAGGUGAGAUGUAUCAAAGAGCAGCAGCCACCAUCGCACACAUCAAAGAGGUUGUUGAAUACUCGAAGCGAUUUGGAGUAGGGACCAAGAUCUACGUCAAUCCGCUCAACAGCUUGAAGGAAGGAUUUUAUACAGGAGGGCUUCUCUUUUCAUGUCUGUAUGACAAGAAACUCAAAGAUGUCUUCGCAGCAGGAGGUCGAUACGACCACCUCAUCAAAGAGCAACGCCCACGAAUUGGUGGCCAGAUUCAUGAACGGCAUGCUGUCGGAUUCAGCUUGGCCUGGGAGCGUCUUGCCCGGAUUCCUAAAAACGCAGGGAAGGCCUUCCUGAAAAAGGCAGAGGAGGAACAGAACGGCAUCUUCACUACCAAACGUUGCGAUGUGCUUGUUGCCAGUUUUGACCCGGCAAUAUUACGAGCCGCCGGGAUAGACUUGCUGCAAACUCUCUGGGCGCACGAGAUAAGUGCUGAACUUGCUAAGGACUCUCGGUCGCCCGAAGACUUGAUGGGAAAGCACCGAGAUGAGUCCUACUCCUGGAUCAUAGUCGUCAAGCCAGACGCUAUGCUGAAAAUCAAAACCAUGGGUAGGAAGGAUGUUCAAGACGCUGACAUCCCAGCAAGCCAACUUCUAGCUUGGCUCAAGUCUGAGAUGCGAGACAGAGAUUACAAAGCACUGGCUAAAUUGAGGGGUUCAAUCGAAUCCCCUCAGGUAGCUGGCGACUCCAAGCGAGAGCAGGACGUCCGAGUUCUUGUCGGCCAGACCAGGAGCAAGAAGUUCAACCGACGAACGGUGGUGGAGCAGGCCCAGGUCAAAGCAGCCAGUCUGAUGGAAUCAUUCCUUGAUGGGCCGAUUCUCGCCGUCGAAACCUCGAGUGACCAGGUUAUCGAUCUCAUCCGCGAGACGAAGCUCUCUGAUCCCGACAGUUGGAAGAAGGUGGAACAUGCGGUUACGACUUCAGAGAAGAAAUAUGUCCGGGAGAUACAUGAUCAAUUAGAUACCUGGCGUUAUGCAUACGAUAAGAAGGGGGGUUGCCAGCACUCCUUUGUUUAUCACUUCAGGACCGGUACAUGUUUGUAUUACGACCUCGCAGCAUGA